CCUCCACCCUCUCCCGCCCCCGCCCCCGCCCCAGGCUCCCCGGCCGGUGGUCCUUCGCCAUUCGCUACCCAAGUUGGAGUCAUUCGAUGCCCCGUGUGCAGUCAAGAAUGUGCUGAAAGACACAUCAUAGACAACUUUUUUGUGAAGGACACCACUGAGGUUCCCAGUAGUACAGUAGAAAAGUCUAAUCAGGUAUGUACAAGCUGUGAAGACAAUGCAGAAGCCAAUGGGUUUUGUGUAGAGUGUGUUGAAUGGCUCUGCAAAACGUGUAUUAGAGCUCACCAGCGGGUGAAGUUCACCAAAGACCACACAGUCCGGCAGAAAGAAGAAGUAUCUCCAGAGGCAGUUGGUGUGACCAGUCAGCGACCAGUGUUCUGUCCAUUCCAUAAGAAGGAGCAAUUGAAAUUUUACUGUGAAACAUGUGACAAGCUGACAUGUCGGGACUGCCAGCUGCUAGAACACAAAGAGCAUAGAUAUCAAUUUAUAGAAGAAGCUUUUCAGAAUCAAAAAGUGAUCAUAGAUACACUAAUCACCAAACUGAUGGAAAAAACAAAAUAUAUAAAGUAUACAGGAAAUCAGAUCCAAAACAGAAUAAUUGAAGUAAAUCAAAACCAAAAGCAGGUGGAACAGGAUAUUAAAGUUGCCAUCUUUACGUUGAUGGUGGAGAUAAACAAGAAAGGGAAAGCCCUGCUGCACCAGCUUGAGAGUCUUGCAAAGGACCAUAGAAUGAAACUUAUGCAACAACAGCAGGAAGUGGCUGGACUUUCCAAGCAGUUAGAGCACGUCAUGCAUUUUUCUAAAUGGGCUGUUUCCAGUGGCAGCAGUACAGCAUUGCUUUACAGCAAGCGGCUGAUUACAUAUCGGUUACGGCACCUUCUUCGUGCAAGGUGUGAUGCUUCUCCUGUGACCAACAAUACCAUCCAGUUUCACUGUGAUCCUAGUUUCUGGGCCCAAAAUAUUAUCAACUUGGGUUCUUUAGUAAUCGAAGAUAAAGAGAGCCAGCCACAAAUUCCUAAGCAGAAUCCUGUCAUGGAACAGAGUUCCCAGCCACCAGGUGGUUUACCUUCCAACCAGUUAUCCAAGUUUCCAACACAGAUCAGCCUAGCUCAGUUACGACUCCAGCAUAUGCAGCAACAGCAUCCGCCACCGCGUUUAAUAAACUUCCAGAACCACAGUCCUAAACCCAAUGGACCAGUUCUCCCUCCUUAUCCUCAACAGCUGAGAUAUCCACCAAACCAGAAUGUUCCACGACAGAUAAUAAAACCCAACCCCCUGCAGAUGGCUUUUUUGGCCCAACAGGCCAUAAAACAGUGGCAGAUCAGCAGUGGACAGGCUCCGCCCACAACUGCCAGCAGCUCUUCCUCCACUCCUUCCAGUCCCACAAUCACAAGUGCAGCAGGAUACGAUGGAAAAGCUUAUAAUUCACCCAUGAUUGAUCUGAGCGCGCCAGUGGGAGGGUCUUACAACCUUCCAUCUCUUCCAGAUAUUGAUUGUUCAAGUACUAUCAUGUUGGACAAUAUUGCAAGGAAAGAUACAAGUGUAGAUCAUGGCCAGCCAAGACCUCCAUCAAACAGAACAGUGCAGUCACCAAAUUCAUCAGUGCCGUCUCCAGGCCUUGCAGGACCUGUUACUAUGACUAGUGUCCAUCCCCCAAUACGUUCACCUAGUGCCUCCAGUGUCGGGAGCCGAGGAAGCUCUGGCUCUUCCAGCAAACCAGCAGGAGCUGAUUCUACACACAAAGUCCCAGUAGUCAUGUUGGAGCCAAUCCGAAUAAAACAAGAAAACAGUGGACCACCUGAAAAUUAUGAUUUUCCUGUUGUUAUAGUAAAACAAGAAUCGGAUGAAGAAUUUAGAACUCAAAAUACUAACUAUCCAAGAAGUAUACUUACUUCCCUCCUCUUAAACAGUAAUCAGAGCUCUGUUUCUGAGGAAGCUAUGUUAAGAUCUGAUGCUCCUGAUAGCACAGGAGAUCAACCUGGACUUCAUCAGGAAAAUUCCUCAAAUGGAAAGCCUGAGUGCCUGGAUGCCUCCCAGAAGUCCCCUGUGCAUGUCGGGGAGACAAGGAAGGAGGAUGACCCCAAUGAAGACUGGUGUGCAGUUUGUCAAAAUGGAGGGGAACUCCUUUGCUGUGAAAAGUGUCCUAAUGUAUUCCACCUCACUUGUCACGUGCCCACAUUGACAAAUUUCCCGAGUGGAGAAUGGAUUUGUACUUUCUGCCGAGACUUAUCUAAGCCAGAAGUUGAAUAUGAUUGUGAUGCUCCCAGUCACAACUCAGAAAAAAGGAAAACCGAAGGCCUUACUAAAUUAACGCCAAUAGAUAAAAGGAAAUGUGAACGUUUGCUUCUGUUUCUUUACUGCCAUGAAAUGAGCCUGGCUUUCCAAGACCCUGUUCCUCUAACUGUGCCUGAUUAUUAUAAAAUAAUUAAAAACCCAAUGGACUUGUCAACCAUCAAGAAAAGACUUCAGGAGGAUUAUUGCAUGUAUACAAAGCCUGAAGAUUUUGUAGCUGAUUUCAGAUUGAUCUUUCAGAACUGUGCUGAAUUCAAUGAGCCUGAUUCGGAAGUAGCCAAUGCUGGUAUAAAACUUGAAAGCUAUUUUGAAGAACUUUUAAAGAACCUUUAUCCAGAAAAAAGGUUUCCAAAACUAGAAUUCAGGAAUGAACCAGAAGAUAUUAAGUUCAGUGAUGACUCAGAUGAUGACUUUGUGCAGCCCCGGAAGAAGCGUCUCAAGAGCCUGGAGGACCGCCAGCUGCUUAAGUGAGCAGCUUCCGGCCAUACACUCUCUAAGAAAAUUUCCUUUCCAAAAUAAAAACAAAACCUUCUCAGUGAUUUAACACCGCUACAAAGGAGGGUUUGUGACCUCUUUGAUCUGUGUUUGCUGUUUACUAGACUUUGGUUUUUAAUAACCCAUUUCUUUAACCUCUUGUCAUUGGUAAUUUAAAAAAGAGGAAAUGUGUAGAAGAAUAAAAGGAGGAAGAAAGAUAGAAAAAGAAGAAACUGCAAAGAAAGAAAAGACAUUCUUCCCACUACUUGGAUUUCAUGCAACAGUCGGGAAUAAAAGCUACAAUAGAAAGAAAAUAGAUUUUGAAGUAAGUUGAGAAUUAGUGUGAUAUGAGUGUGUGUGGUAAUCCCUUUUAGAAUAUUAAUGCUACUACUCACUAAUUAUGGUCAACAAUAAGAGUUAGGUUUACUGUGCUUAAAAGCAGCCCUCCCCAAACACGAGUGGGAAGAAGAGUCCUUUCCCGAGUGCCUGCUGGAAAGGUGUAGACAGAUGCUCUUAAGACACCUAGUAGUGUCUAUGUAAGAUGGCAAAUGCAUUAAAGGAAAUCAGGAAAAACAAAUGUUUGCUUAUUGGUUUUGUUCUUCUCUUGUCUGUUGGAGAUGCUGGGCAUAGCAGGUCUUCAAGGCCAUUCUUUCAUGGAUUCCUAGAUCUACCUUUUCUUCAGCUUCCUUUAAGGAAGUAAGUGUGCAUGUUAGCUGUUGCUGUUGAUUUUCCCCUACUGUGCAGGUGAUGCUCGUAGAGCAAGCCUCAUUGUGUUCAGUGUGGCUCUUCUCUUGUUUGUUAGUUUUGGGGUUUUGUUUGUUCGUUUGUUUUAUCGAGACAGGGUCUCACUAUGUAGCCCUGGCUGUCCUGGAACUCACUGUGUAGACCAAGCUGGCCUUGAACUCAGAGAUCCACCUGCCUCUACCUCCUGAGUGCUGGGAUUAAAGGUGUGUGCCACUCUGCCCAGCUCACGGUAUGGCUUUUAGUAGUACCGUCAAAUAUAAAAUACAAUAGGGUACACAUACAAUAUUUGAUAGAAGAUUUCUUCAACUUGUGCCCUGGUGGCCACCCAGUUUAAGUUCCCUGAAAGGGCUUUCAUCUGUCUUUAUCAUUUCAAGUGGAAAGUAUGUUGUGGGGUUUGGAAGAAAUCAAUUGUGGGGGGUGGUGUAAGUGGGAAAAAAUAUUUUUUCUGAAGCAUCUGUUUGCUGGCCCUCUGCUCACUUGUUUUUUUGUUUUUAACAGAACUCUAUAUUUUAUCAUUGCUCUGCCUUAGUUUAGAAUUUAAUUUUCUUUUGGGGAGAGAGAAAAAAGAUUUAUUCCUUUUGCUUGUUUGGUUUUUGUUGUUUUGUUUUUUUAGGGGGGAGAGGGGCUGAGAUGAACAAAGCACCAAUGAAAUUAAGAUAGAAUAAAAUCAUUGUACCAUUGUACUAGCCCAAUACUUGACAAAUACAAGGGCAUCUUUAGUUUGCCAUAGCAAACUUUGAGUGUUAAAGCUUUUUAAUUGUUUGACUAGAAACAAUUUUUUCUUUGGGUUGAUGGAAGAAAACACAGCUGGCAUGAGGAUGUGUUUGGUUGCGUUGCCUCCCAUGAAUUAAAAUGUAGCUGGAAGUACCAGCACUUGGAAGAUGGAGGCAGGAGAAUCAAAAGUUCAAGGUCAUCUUACAUAGCCAGGUUGAGGCCAGACUUAUGCUAUAUGAGACCCUGUUUGGGUGGGGGGAAAGACGAUGAUUCCUAUCCAUGUCACAUUUCUGAGAUUGUUAGCUGGAGAAUGUUGUGUGCAUACCUUAUUAGCAAUAGUUUCCCAUUCUCUAAGUAAACAAUCUAUAAUCCAGUUAUGUAUUGUAACAGUCUUAAUCAGUUUUCUAAAUAAUGUGUUAUAUGGUGAUAUUUGUUGUGGUGAUUUGAAUGUGCAGCUGACAUUUGUUGUUCAAACACAGUCUGAACAAACUGACAAUAUAUAGACCCUUGGAAGUGGGGUUCAGUUCAGUCUGGCCUUGAACUCUGGUCCUUCUACCUCUAACCUCCCUGGUGCAGGGAUUAAAGUAGUGUGCCACCAUGCCCUCGGCUUUGGGGUUUUUGUUUUGUUAUUGGGGGAAGUGGAUGAUAUACAUACCUUAAAACUUGUGUGGUUAAGUCCAGCAUUUAGAGUGUAACAGCUGCGGAACCUUCUUUUUUUUUUAAAUAUUUUAAAGAUUUAUUUAUUUUAUUUCACAUGUAUGCUCGUUUGCCUCCAUAUAUGUCUAUGCGCCGUGUAUGCGCCUGGUGCCCACCCACUAGGCUAGAAGAGGGUGUUGGAUACCCUGGAACUGGCAUUACAGAGGAUGGUCAGCCACCAUAUGGGUGCUGGGAACCAAACCUGGGUCCUCUGCAAGAGCAAUAAAUGCUCUUAACCACUGAGCCAUCUCUCCAGCCCCAGCUGUGGAACUUUGGGCAAUACGUUUCUUUUUGCUAUCUUAGAAUACUGUUCUCUGGUAGACUGUCUUCCAUACUUGUCACUUGAGUUAAAGCAGUACUUACGUAAAUUAUUUUGAGAAUUACCACUAAGGGGGAGGCAGGGCUUCAAUAAGGUAAACAUAAUUUUUAUGUAUUUCAGCCAGAAUGUCUACUAAUACACCCCAAACAGUCACUAUUAGAGUCUAUGCCAUAGUAACCUUUCAAAAUAAUGUUACAUUUCAUCAUUACAAGUUUUUGCUGAAUCAAAGACAGUUCAGAACCAUGUUUCAUGUAAUGAUACAUAAUAUAUUAUUAAAAGUAAAUGUCUUGAGUUUUUUUCUAUAAGUAACACUAUUGUCAUGAUCUCUAAGUCUCAUGACCUGAUCAUUGAAAGUAACAAUGUGUCCAGGUGGAUCCAAGCUAAAUGGUCAUAAACUCUAACAGAAAAACAGUCGAACUCGACCCCACAUUGGUAAGAAAAUAAAAUGUUCAUUAUGAUUAA